CGACUAUGAAGGGUUCCGACUCUUCAUGGACACUUACCUUGAAGUGGAGACCCCAGAGGAACUCUGUCGCCACCUCUUCCUUUCCUUUGUCAAACGUCCAAGACCGCAACCUGUCGAGCCAAAGUCUAUCAAGGUGAGACAACCUUGUGUCUUCCUUAGAAGUCAGCCCUCAAGUGCCUUGCCAGAGAAGGAAAUGGCGGUGAUGUCUUCAGCCACUGCGUGUGCCCCCAUCACCUCCCACAAUACGUCCGGAGGUUCCAUCAGCAAUCUAGCUACCUGCGCUGUGGGCGAGAGCCUCUCUGGCGGAGGAGGCACUGGGAGUAGUGCCGGGGGUGGUGGCGGCAGUUUGGCCGACAAACUUCACGGCUUGACUGAGAAGUUUUCCUCUCUCGGCCACAACCGUUCGGACUCCGAAGCCUCAAGCCGGACUCGCACAGGUAUGAGAAAUGGUAGCAUAGGUGCAUGCGUCCACCCAGUUGUGACAGUGACUCAGACCAACAGCUAUACUGACACAAAGGUUGAAAAAAGUACAGACUCUUCCCCAUCCCAUUCACAGAUGUCUAGAUCUUCCUCAAAAAAGUCCAAUAAUUCCCUUUUAGUUACUAAUGGAAAACUGGAAGAAAUUAAACAACUCGUAAGAAAAUCCAGCAGUAUUGAGGUCCACACAGUUCGUGUCAGCCUAAAGGAUAUCAUAUGUUAUUUAACGUUGCUGGAAGGAGGCAGGCCUGAAGAUAAGCUGGAAUUUAUGUUUCGGCUGUACGACACUGAUGGCAAUGGCGUUCUUGAUACCAAUGAGAUGGACUGCAUUGUGACGCAGAUGAUCCAGGUAGCAGAUUACCUGGGAUGGGACGUCACAGAGCUACGACCUAUCCUGACAGACAUGAUGGCUGAGAUAGACUAUGACAAUGAUGGAACAGUAUCCUUGGAGGAAUGGAAGAGAGGCGGAAUGACAACUAUCCCACUGUUGGUGCUACUGGGUCUUGACACUAAUAUGAAAGAAGAUGGGAACCAUGUUUGGAGAUUAAAACACUUCAGCAAACCAGCUUAUUGUAAUCUUUGCCUGAAUAUGUUGAUGGGACUUGGAAAGAAGGGUCUUUCAUGUGUUUUCUGUAAGUACACAGUCCACGAAAGGUGUGUCCAGAGAGCACCCGCCUCUUGUAUCGCAACGUACGUCAAGAGCAAGAGAACGUCCCAUUCCAUGUUGCAUCACUGGGUGGAAGGCAACUGUCCUGGAAAAUGCACACGUUGCAAGAAGACCAUCAAGAGUUACAACGGCAUCACUGGGCUGCACUGCAGGUGGUGUCACCUGAGGCUGCAUAACAGAUGCGCCUCACAAGUGAAACCAGAAUGCACUUUUGGCGAACACAGAAUUCACGUCCUUCCCCCAACGGCAAUUUGUCCCAUCAUUCUUGACCGACAGAGAUCCAUCACCAAAGAGAAGAAGGAUUUGCAUCGAUCAGAGUCUACCCCGGGUGGACUGAGUGAAGGAACUGUAUCAUCACCAAUGUCUUUCCAAAUCACACCUCUGCCUGGUACUAGGCCACUGGCCGUCUUUGUCAACCCCAAAAGUGGUGGGAGACAGGGAGCCAGGAUUCUCAGGAAAUUUCAGUACCUGCUAAACCCACGCCAAGUUUACAACUUGGCCAAGGACGGCCCAAUGCCCGGUCUUCAGCUAUUUAAGGAUGUGCCAAACGUGAGAGUGAUCGUAUGUGGAGGAGAUGGUACCAUUGGCUGGAUACUUGAGCAGAUGGACAAAAUCCAGUGGACAGAAUCUCCAUGCAUCGGCAUCAUUCCUUUGGGAACUGGCAAUGAUCUAGCGCGUUGUCUGCGUUGGGGUGGCGGUUACGAAGGAGAGAGUCUACAUAAAGUUCUCAAGAAAAUAGAAAAAUCUUCUGUAGUGAUGAUGGACAGAUGGCACAUUGAAGUCUCAGAGCAGACGGGUACGCAAGAUGAUAUCGACAAAGUUGGAGAUAAGAUCCCGUACAACAUCAUCAACAAUUACUUCAGUAUAGGUGUGGAUGCUGCUAUUUGUGUUAAAUUCCAUCUUGAGAGAGAGAGGAAUCCGGAAAAGUUCAACAGCCGUAUGAAAAAUAAAUUAUGGUACUUUGAAUACGCCACUUCAGAAACCUUCGCCGCAUCCUGUAAAAACCUUCACGAAGAUAUUGACAUCAUGUGCGAUGGGGUCUCACUAGACCUCUCGAACGGACCGUCGCUACAGGGUAUAGCCUUGCUGAACAUACCCUAUACCCACGGAGGCUCCAACAUGUGGGGCGACAACACCCUGAAAAAACGACACAAGACCAGCAAGAGUAAAAAGAAGAAAGACAGGGAAAGAGAACUGUCCACCUCAUCCUUCACUUCGGCUGAUCUUAGCACCGCUAUCCAAGAUAUUGGGGACAAGCUCAUCGAGGUCAUUGGUUUCGAAAGUUGCCUGCACAUGGGUCAGGUCAGAACGGGACUCAGAGGGUCAGGUCGCCGUCUUGCCCAGUGUUCCUCGGUAGUGAUCAGAACGCGCAAGAAGUUCCCGAUGCAGAUCGAUGGUGAACCAUGGUGUCAACCUCCGUGCACUAUCCACAUAAGCCACCACAACCAAGUGCCAAUGUUGAUGGGACCUGGGAGUUGCAGAAGAAGGAGUCUGUUCUCCUUUAUGUGUAAGUGACAGGGGGACUCGGAGGCAGCAGGAGGAGAUGGUCCCAAGUGUCCCAAGGAUUCUCUCAGGUUUGCCAAGUUCAGAUGUCUUACACGCAAAUCGUGAAUAGCCAAGAGCCGAACUGAGGAAGUCUCAUUGUGACUCAGAAUCAAGUGACUAACCUAAGUGCCCCACCAAACAGGAACUUGUUAGUGUACAUAACAGGUAAAAAAAAAAUUCGACUCCAAAAGUUGUAAUAUAAUCCUGAAAAUCUGCAAAGUAUAAAAUGGGUUUAGUUUUAUUUUUGGAGUAAGAAGAAAUAUUGUACCAUAUUUGAGAUUAACUGUAGAGGAAUGUAACUGAUGUUGUGUGAUUUAAUACGAUGAAAAUGCUUCGCUGGCAAUGUGUUACUCCUUGAAAUGAGAGAGAUGAGGUAGACUUUCGUCAAGCAUUCCUUUUUUUUAAUGCUAUGAGUGAUAUCUAUUCCCAGUGGUUACUUGUAGGUGGUAUUACAGUUAUGAUACAGAAAAAAAAAAUAUGAAAAGUUAGUUACAGAGUGCUAGCAUAUCAGUUUUGAGUAGUUUACAGGAAUAUAGGUUUUUACACAAUGAUUUAAUACAAGUAAUAUCUACUGUGGAUUCUCAGAUCAACACACGUCUCACGGUGGAUGUUUUGUGACGCUCCAUAGCCUAAGUUAUGCAUAAUCAUAAAGCAUAAUAAAAAUCAUUAUAAUCUACACACUGUACAUAGUCAUUUAGGCCUUAUAUAUUUCUGAUACUAUUGUACAGGAAGUUAACAAUCUUCAUAAAUCCAGUUUUCAAUAUCUUUUGAAUUUCUAGAUACUUUUACUUACCAUUUUGUAAUUAUAGCUGUUGAAAUACUCCAUACUACUCUAUUUCUUGCUACUGAGUACAUUUGAUGUUCCCUUUCAACUCUUAAGUUAUUAUGAGGAAGAAAAGAGACAUCAUAUAUAACACAGCGUAAAGAAGGACAGUUAGCGACUGGGGGGGAGCUUUGGACACCCAUGAGAAAUGAAAACGGGAGUUUUGGGAAUUCUCUGCUAAGGUACAUUCGUAGCUUUUCAUAUUACCUCCACUUCUCUCAGUUUCACUUUGCAACAUUUUGAAAGGUAGAAUAUUGCUUCUAUUUGCCAGUAGUACACAGUACUUUUCCAGCCGGGUAAAUGGCAGUGCCAAGUAACAUUACAAACUUCUGCAUAAGUAUACAUUCUUGAACUAAUCUGAGAAUCAAAAUCUCAAAUUGUACCUGAAAAUGCCGUUGUACUAUAUUGAUAGAUUUAAACAUUUUUACGGAGACGAAAAUCCUAUUUUCUUCAGUCGGCAGUUACUAAACGAUGAUGAUUCCAUCUUCUGUGAAGACCAAGCCUAAAUAGUCCACUAUACUCGUAUUAUUCAAUCAGGAACAUUCACAGAAAAACCUCUAUUGCCAAAGACAUGCUCCCUUGAGGGUGCUGUUAUAAUGUAUACAGUAUAAUUCCUUAUAGCAUUGUAUAAUUGCUUGAAACCAUGUUUGUAUUACAGACUAAUUGAUAAUCAUACAAGGCAUAAUGUGUAUUUUUAAGCUAAAUAAGAAAUUAUAACAACAACCACUUUUCAAAUAGGUACUCUGUGGUCAUUCAUUGACCAUAUAAAAAUUGUUUUGUAUAAAGACACUGAUGGUAGUGCCUAUGAUUCAAAUUUUUUUUUUUAUCAACUAUCUAACAUAAAAUAUAGUGCUGAGCUGUUUUCUGUAUUUAAUUGUGUAAUGCAUAGGCAUUUAAAGUAUUUCUGCAUUGUUGUUUAGCCAAUUUUUAUGGUUAUGAAUUGGCUUGAGAAUAGAUAUUUUUGGGAAUUUAUCUAAGCAUAGGUAAAAUCAAAUAUAUUUAUAUUCAGUGAUUAUUACAUUCAGAUUCAAGUACUGUAUUAUUUGAUACAUACUGUGCAUUAUGUGUUUCCAGUAUUCUCAGUGAAAUGACUAAAGUAUCCUAAAAUAUUCAAAGUACAGGAUAUCUACAGUAUCACAUUUUAGUUUCCAAAAUGUCAUUUGUAUCGAGAAACAAAACCAUAUUAAAUCACUGUGAGGAGGAAGUCUAAACUCAGAAAAAGCUAUAUGAAACUUGGGAUAUACCAAGUCGUAAUCUCUGAGACUUUUAGAGGUAAUGUAAAUAGCUAUAAGAUAUUAAAAAGAUUUCUAUUUUUACAAUGCUUCAUCAGCUGCUGUUUGCAGCAAGAUGGGAACCAUGUAAGGAACUUAAAUUUUCCAUUUGGAGAAGUGAGUGCGGCAGUAUUGAGAGGUCAUUUCACUCUGGUAACGAGCUGUCAGAUUUUCUUCGAGUUACCUGUCAUAAAUGAUGCACCUGUAGAUGAGAAAAGCAGCUUGAGGUUUGUUUUUGCUGGAUAACCCCCUUUGGAUAUCUUUUUUUUUUGUGCCUACUGUAUCUAACUUCCUACUUUGUUUACUCUUGGAUGUAUCUUUUCUGUUUGUAUAUAGAAGAGCAGUUAAAAUUUUGUACAUGUACACAAAGUAAAUCUUGUGUGUGGAGUCCCAUAGCAGUUUUGUGUUGUUAAUGCUGUGUGCUUAAGAAUUCGGACUACAGUAUUUUGUAACGAGAGCAUAACAGACGAGACAGAAGCAAACUACUCGUAUGAAGUUGCAUUUCAACUCUUCCCUAAGCUUUACUUGUGUAAAGUCUAUUUACCGUAACACUAGAAGUAGAUGUCUUGUACAUAAUCUUCGCUAUUAUUUGCAUACUCUCACCAUGAUAUGUAGUUAUCGGUUAGUAAUACUGUGCCAAAUAAUGACGCUUAAUAAAAUUUAAGGAUAAUUCAAGCAUUCAAGUAAGAUGCAUACAUUCCCUGGUUAUCUCCAGGCACCCUGUGGAACACUCAGUAUUCAAAUCUAUCUCCUUUUUUUACUAGGAGUUGUAGUAGAGUGUAUUGUUCAGCAUUAAUCAUUCUCUCAGCAUAUAUAGUCACUCUCUCUCAAUUUUUGUUUCUGCAUUCUUAUUGCUUAGAUGUGCACUUGACAGCACCUCUUAGUUCAUCAUUGCAGUUUUCUUGCAGAUUUGCCUUACUAAUGAAGUUAUGUCGACUAAAAUUAUUCAGAUGAUAUAUACUGUACUGUACUGAGUAGCAUUUGAUCUCCAGUUUUUAUGGGGCAAAAUGUUCAAGUGUUCUUUUGUUCAUUUGACAAAUAUGCUUUAAUAGAAUUUGUAUCCCAUGUAUACUACCAUCACAGAGUUUGAAACCUGUUCCAGUGCUGUUGCAAUGUAAGCUUUUCUGCUUUACUUUGCUGGUUAUUUGUGGUUAGCUUGGCAUUAUAGCACAGAAUGAACAUCCAUAUUUAGAGAGAUGAUUGAAGGUUUGAUAUAUAUUAUAGAGUAUACCAUAUGGAUUACAGUAGUUAUGGUUUUACUUUUAAAGUAUAUAUAUGUGCAGUUGAACCUCCAUCCAACUGGUAAACCUUGAAAAAUAAAAUUCGUGCCAUGCCAAGAUGAGAGAGAUGGUUGGGAGGCUUUUCCAAAUCAUGCACUUUCCCAGUUGUCUGUUACCACAUACAUAUUUACUAUAGAACUAGGUCUAACUGUUGGAUGUGUGUUGAACUGUACCAUGUUAAUGAACUAAGUAAUCAUCAGUGUUGUCCAAUAUGCACUGUAAUAUGGAUAUUGCUUAUUGAAAAUCCAUUUUGAAUUGUAAUUAUUGGAGCAGUGGGACUCACUUGUUUUAUCCGCAACUUUUUAAAUACUAGACGUAAGAGAUAUUGAAAUGUGCUUGUUUUGAAAAAGCUUAUAUACAAUGUCAGGUAAGUUGUACAGAAAGAAGAAACAUGAAACCAUUGAUACCAUGAAUUAGAUAACAUUAAUUCAAGGGACACGUGGUUAUAUAAAGGUGAGAAAACGGUAAUUAAGGAUGAAGAUAAAAAAAAAUAGAAUACUGUAUGCUGCUGUUAAUUUUUAAUUCUUCACAUUUUAACGAUACCUAAGAUACAUAUUUAUCUAUGACAAUAACUCAGUAGUAGUUUAUAUUAAAAUCAGUAGUAUUUUUGAUAGUUUCAAUAAAUAGUUUGCACAUUUUAUUAGUCGAGAUAGAAUUAUGGAAAACCCAUUGCAUACACAGGUCAUAUUUUGUAAGACCACCUGUCCCAUUAGUAGUUUGCCAAACAAAUUAAGUGCCAAUUCUUACUUGAAAUAUCUAGAUAUUCAGGUUGUAUUGUAAAUUAAACCACUGAUUGCUGUUAGGAGACAAUAUUUUUCCCAACUUACAGUAUAGUGAGAGAAAAUUUGAAAGUUCAAUGCGAGGGCAAAUUUUUACCGGCGCUCAUUUUAGAGCACACGUACUAAAAAUAAGUGCUUGCCGAAUCGUGUGCCGCAUAAAAUAUGGUCUUUCUUAGAUGCAGUAUCAGAGGAUUACAUAUGCAUGGUACUAACUGUGUUUCUGAGUCUUCUGCUAUUGAGUAUUAGAGAGACAAGUACCGUGAGGUAAAGUAAGAAAGAUUGCAACGUCUCAAUGUCUCAGUGUGAUGUCUGUAAUCUUGAAGAAGCUCUGUGCAGCUGUAUAGCUUAUGGACGUGAUUUUCUCACGAUUCAUAUGACAUUCUCCUAAACUCAGUCAGUGGAUUCAAAUGAAUGGUUCACCCCUUUUGAAAAAUGUACUACAUCAUUUGUCCUAUUGAUGUGCCGUUAUUGGUAAAUUCCAGUGCUAGGCAGUACAGCGCUAGUAGUAGUAGUAAUACAUCUCAGAACUUGAAGAAAAUAUGGUGGUUGAACUUCCAUUAUGUACAUAGCCGGUAACACCUUUUAGAGAGUUAGUAUAUUCUACUUAAUCAAGGGGUGCUGUAGUUUCCAAAUUGUACAGAUAUCUAUCUUCAAAUUUAUUAAUGGCAGCAUUCAGUUGCGCUCUCAGACUGUAGAAGGGUUUUCUUAGACCCAAUUGAAUUGUUUAUGUAUUGCAUCAUGCACUUGAGGAAAACCUACUUUGAAAGCAUAAGUAAUAUAUUACCUAGUGAUAGCACCAAUUCUUUUUUCAAUUUUUGAAUUUUCCAUGAACAUAAUGUCUUUUCCAUUAUCCUUUAAUUCAUUGCUCUAAUGUAAUUCAAAGUACUUUCUUGCACUUGAUCAUUUUUGUUAGGAGAUUUUAUCAUAUUUUACAACACAUUUCUUUUUUCAGUCUCACUGAUUAUAGAGUCAUCACUUCAGCAUGUAGUAUCUGUAAUCUUUGUACCAAUAGUCUUUUUAACAAUUGUUUAGAUCUGUUUCAAAACUUCACGUAUCAUAGAAUUCAUCUGGCAACAAUGUUACCAGGAAUAUUUUUUACAUUUUAAGGUAAACAGUAUUGCUAGUCUUUGAUUCUGAUUUUGAAUAAAUAGUAUUACCAGUAGCUAAGCUAACUGACCUAAGUAUGGAACAUUUCCAAUAUCCCUUUCCCUGAUGUUUUGUAAAGCAGGUCACUUAGGAGUUUGUCUAUGUUCAGUAUGUUCAUUAUACUUCUUUCAAACUCGUGCUAAGUUUGAAAAGAGACUAUCUCCGUGGGUUUAUGUGUAUGUACUUGCAGAUUUCUGCUGCUCUAAAGUACGUAGUGUCUAUUAAUUCAUUCAUAUGAAAUAUUGGUAACAGUACCAACAUAUUUACUACCACAAUUAGACCUCAGAGAGUCUAGUGCAUUCUAUAAUUAGUCCUUUAAGACUCUGGUAUCAUUUAGUUUAUCAAAGCUCAUCCAUUGUAAUUUCAAGGAAAAAUUACUUAAUGUAUGGUGAUACAAGGUGUUUAUAUUUUAAGGGAGCAUUGAUUUCAGAAGAAACUGUAAAAUAUCUUUCGUAUUACAUCAGCUAGUAUUAAGUAUCAAAGCAGAAUUGUAAUAUACCCUUCUUUAUCAUACAAAUCAGUGCAGUGAAUUGAUAAGAGAUAUUUAUUUAGGCAAAAUUAGCUUUCAUUAGUCAGUAAUUGGGGAAUUUCAGUAAAUUUGUAGUGUAAUUUUUUUUUUAAUAAAAGCAGUCACAAGGCUACUAACAAUAAAACAGUGGCAAGGACUGCAUUACUAAGUAGUAUUGUUUGACUCUUAAUGGCAAUGAAAGUUAUUAUAAUGGGAGUAUUAUGCUGGGUAUAGUAAUACGAAACUAAGAAAUACGUACCUUUUUUAUUAUUCUUCUCUGUAAAAUGUUGCCAAAUUAAUCAAAAUGUCAAAGCACUUCAAUGCCAUGCAUUUAGCACUCUUAAUCCUUAAAACUGUAGUACCUUUUGAAGUACCCCUAUGCCAUGCAUUUAGCACUCUUAAUCUUUAAAACUGUAGUACCUUUUAAAGUAACUCCUAGUCUCAUUGUAAUAGAACCAUGUUGAAUUCCACCACGAGAUCUAAUCCAAUAUUUCCAAAGUUUCUUCAUCGAACAAAGGCAAACUCGUUAGCUGAUACUGCAGUCCAGCAUCAUACGCUUAAGUUGAUGGCCUUAGCUCCAGUUUACAAAUAGCGACAGUAAUGUAUUUCCAUGACCUAGAAUCCCACAACAGGGCUAAAAUUCUCGUCCAGUAUCAAAUGAAACAUUCAAAGUAAAGGUAAAGUAUCAGAUUUUGUUUUCGUAGAUUUGUAGAAAGCAUUGGAAGUUUCAUUUUUAAGUGAAUUAGGUUGAAUUGUUAAAGAAAAUCACGUCUUUUAUUAUAGUAUAGUGGUUUCCACUGUUGUAUUUAUCUUAUAGACAUGGGUAAAAAGUAUAAGGGUAUUGUUGGCAUCAGCGGUGGAAGAAAAGGCGAAGUAAUAGGAUGACUUUUACGUAUCAGAAAUCAAAGAUUUUGUUUUCAAAUGUUGGACAAAUCCCACGAAAGAGUCGUUAGAUAUAACGUCUGCCAACUUUGGUGUUGUCUUCAGUUGUAUGUUAUAUAUAAAAGAAGUGAUUUUAAUGCCCAUUUUUAACCUGAAUUUACUUGAUGCACUUUGUGAAAAUAUUAAGCAUGUAAAUUUGUUUAUAUAUAUACUUUUGUACACAUACAUAUAUAUACAUAUAUACAUAUACACACAUAGUAUUCAUCAUACAGGUGGUUAUAUCAAUUCACGAUUGUUCCAGUUUAGACGACCAAAAUUUUUAUACAAAAAACAAAUGUAUUCCUUCAAUCUGUCAUCAACAUAUUCUAUUUUGUAAAGAGGUGUCUUUGCAUCCGCUAGGAACUGAAAUCUCAUCGACUUUCGAAAGCAGUCAUCCAGCCAAUUGAAAAGCAGCUUUAUUUUCUAGGCCGAGAUUGCAACAUGUGCAUAGCACCAGUCUUUUUGGGAUAUAUGUAUAAUGUUUCAUUUAUAGGAGGGAUAUACAAAGGGCUUAAUAGUAAUGUAUGUCCAAAUUUAUAUCUAUAUUUUGAUCCUUAAUUGUACCUUGUCAUCAUAAGAAGGCCUUUGUCAGUGAUAAGAUCAUAAGCAAGGAAAUUUUACUCGUGUUGUCUUGGGAAUGGCUUCAGUCAGCACAAUUACUUCACUAUUGGCUUGGUUCUGUCUUAGCAUGACAACAUAACCUUAGGUUAUUUUUAUUCUCAACAAACUCACUAAUGUCACCUUCAUUCUUCCUCGGUUUCCAUUCACACUGUGUUUUGUGACAGCUUUGUAGUCGCACCAAUUCUUUUUAGAAGUAUUUCAUUAUUGUCAGAUGUUAUAUUAAAAGGGGAAAGUUGAAUAUGACCACCAUUGUUAUGCUGAAUAUUGUAAGAAACCAUUACAGUGGACUCCCCGUAUUCGCGGAUUUCUCUCUGGAAUGUUUCCCCGCAUUAUUCGCAGAAAAUUCGCCUAUUUGCGGUAUAUUUCUAUGAGAAAUAUCCACAAAUUCCUGGUUUUUUUUAUCAAUUUCAUCAUAAAAUGUACUUUGCGAUAAAACUAUUAAAAAAAACAGGUAUAAAAACUUUUAUUGGGUUUUUCUUGAGUUUUAACUAACAAAAUAGGAGGUUUAAGCAUUUUUAUAGGGGUUCUAACUAUUCACAGGGGGGUCUGGUACGCAUCCCCCGCGAAUACGGGGGACCACUGUAUAUCCGUAUAUGUAUGCAUGUAUAUAGUAUAUAUGACAGCAUGUAAUUAUUUCCUUUCAGCAAGGUUAAGUAUUUAGUUUUAAAAACUUUGCAGCAUGCCUGUUACAUCACUGGAUCCCUUUACCGAGGAAAGAUAAAUUGGGUUCCCUUGAAAGUAUGGACAUUUUUCAGCGUAAACCUCGUCACGAUUUGAAUAAUGGUUCAUUUUUCAGUUUUUAGAAAAAUCUACUUAAAAAUAAACAAUUUUUGGUGUUGGCAUUGUAGGAUUUACUGAAACUGAAUGUUACAGCAAAAUUUAGACAAUAAUGAUACACAUAUUUUUUGAAUUUUCGAUAAGAUUGUAGGGUAGUAUAUAUCACAAUUAAACUUAGAUCAUGUAAGCUCUAAAAAGCAGUGGCAAGAUUGUUGUGGUAACAUGAGAUGUUCUGCAGUUCCAUUUGAAAGGUACAUCAGAGUUCUCGUUGCAGACUUUUAACUGCAUCUUAAAUAUUAACAAGUGCUACAAAAGAAAUGAAGUAUGUAAAUACUGAAUGAUAUCAUAAAAUGUAUAAGCUUUUCCCUUGGAAUAUCCCUAAGUAGCACGAUUCAUUUUCCCUAGAAAUAUAAUUCUAAUAGAGUACAGGUAUUACGUUAUUAUUUAUAUAUUUAUGGCAGUUUAAAUUCCAUUACACCCGCAUUUUCGAUUGUGUAUUAAUCUCGAAACGUAAAAAGUUUGCUUUAUUAAAACGACAGAAACUUCUGGGUAAAGAAGGAAUUUGCACGUCUCACGUUACGACCAUUCUUUGCUCUCUGUUCGUCACAGCCGCCAAAUAUUACGUAUGUUCUAUGAAUACAGGAGAAAAUAGGUAGGAGAGGAUAAUUGGGGGCAGUAUUUCACAUGUUAAAUGUGUUUUAUUGUAGGUAUAUUAUUAUCAGCACAUUUUCACAUUUCUCAUUUCCUUUUUUCCUCCCAUGUUUGAUUCUUGCAUCAGCUAUGUACAUUCAUUCUCCACACUUGUUACGUAGACUUUUAUCAAUAAAUCAAUUGUUGCAAAUAUUAAAUAUUCUUGUCACUAUGUACUUACAGGGUUUUCUAGUCUUUAGCUAUCUGGUACUGUAAUUUUAUUGCAAUUCUUCACCAGAUUUAUAUCUUUAUCUCCAUACAAAACAUACACAAGUGUGUAUGUGGAUUAUGUGUACUUAUGUGCAUGCACAGAAAUAAACCUAUUCAUGUGCAUGCACAUAUACAUACAUGCAUGUAUGUGCACAUGCUCAGCUGUGUGUGCAAGUGUAUGUAAGAAUAUAUGUUCAUUAUAAUGUUUUGUCAUACAGUUAUUGUAACUACUAUGUAGGCAUUGAGAGUGGUCCAGCAUUAUAAGGUCCUGAUAAUUGUUUAUAUAGAUUAAGAAAGUUGUACUGUUUGCUGAUAUAUUUUAUUCUUAAGACUGCGCAAUGUUGGAUGAACUUGAGAACUUUUCAAAGUAUGCUUUUGUUCUACCAAAUCAUGAGGGUGAAUGUGUUCACAAUUAAAGAAAUACUUAUAUAAGAAGUACUAUUCAAGGUUUAUUUGGCCACGUGGCCCAUUCUUAAAUGCAGGCUGUUCAUAAGCCCUUGCAUAUAUGCACAAAUACACAUGCAUAUAAACACAGUAUUAUGUCUGGUCUGCUCGUUGUUAGGUCUCCUUUUGUAUUUGCAAAUGUAUCGGCAAAUUCCCGAUUUUAACACGACAGUAAAGAGAUGGAUAGUUCAGCCCCCAAAUUUUGUGAUCUUUUUCUUGUAUUAUUAUUUGUACUGUACUGUAUAUAAAGUUGAAAAGAUGACUGUAAUACAGUACUAUUACUACAAAACACCAUGCCCAAAGUCAUCCCAAUUUGUGACUUGUGUGGUGUAUAGAUUGGUUUGUCCAUCAUUUGUUGUUUUCGUGUUUUAUAUCUUUUUCAGAAAUGGGCAUCCUGUUACGUACUAGAAAAUUUUCCAAUAGUCUCAAAAGUCAUUGGUCCCAAGCACAACAGUAGUUUGCAGUCCUUAUAAAAAUCCCAUUGAAUUCUGAAUUAUAGUUGUCUUAGGCACAAAUCACGUUCUCAGAACUGGCACAAAACAGCAUUGCUUAAAGUUUUACUGAUUUUAUUAUUCCUCAGACAAAAAGUAAGAAGACCCCACUCCACAUAACUCUAUUGUGGAGGAAAUAUGAAAAUUUUUGUUAGCUUAUUGUUGUGACUUCACUACCCUGAAAUUUGUGCAGUUUAAUUGAUAAAUGGUCAAGGAAUCAGGAACCAUUGUGUACCAUCCAGCUAAACUUCAGGAAGAGAUAAUGAAAAAGUGAGAGAGAAAGGGAAGUACAGGCAGUCCCCGGGUUACGACGGGGGUUCCGUUCUUGAGACACGUCGUAAGCCAAAAAUCGUUGUAAGCCGGAACAUCGUAAAAAAUCCUAAGAAAACCUUACUUUUAAUGCUUUGGGUGCAUUGAAAACUAUGUAAACUGCAUUCUUAUUGCAUUUUUCAUCAAAAAAACCUUCAAAUAUUGAUUAUUUUGCAUUUUUGGUGUCAUAUUUCAUCUGCCAGAUCAGUGUUGUAGGCGUCGUAACCCUGGAACAUGCAUCGUAACCCUGGAAGUAAUGUCUGAUGAAUAUAAUUGAGAAGCGCCCUAACCUCGGAACGUCGUAAGCUGAACCUGUCGUAACCCGGGGACUGCCUGUAAUAUGAAAAUAAACUUUACUAUACUGUAGUGAUUACUAAAGUUUAAGAUUAAAAACUAUUAAAUAUUUUUCUACCUUACGUUAUAUAUUGCGCUAUAAUCUCUCUAGAAUUAAUGUGGUCACUAAAGUAUGUACAUAACCUGAGUUUUAUUAUUUUGCAGUGCUGUGUGUGUGGAAAUCUAGGCAUAGGUAGGUUUUCCAUUAUUCAGUGUAUUUAUUUCUAGUCCCAAAUUAUAGGGAAAGUUUCUAUUUAGAAAACAAUGCUUUGACUUUAUUAACGUGCUAACUCGGGAGUUUGCCAUUUCAUAGAUUCUUGAAUUGGUAUAGAAAAUUUGUAUAUUAACCUUGUACUUUUAAUAUGUAGAGCCAUGAGAGAUAUUUGUGAUCAAAAAUUAACAUUAUGUUCCUUUUAUGUUUCAAGUGAAAAUUUUACUCUGUAAAACAUUGCAUUUUUCAGUUUCCAGCCAAUGUUCAUAAUCUGGAAGAGCGGGAAUUUUGUGGGCUUUGGUUUGAAUGUUUAUGAAUGUAAAAAAAAACAUUAUGAAAGUGAAGCUAUGUAUGAAAAGACCACUUUUACUGUAAAACUAUGGCUUUUUUCUCUGUAUUGUUGCAUUUAUAUUUUCAUUCCAGUUUAUAGCGAAGAUAUUAAGAAUUGUUUCUUGUGAUCAUACAUACAUACGAACAGUCAGCCUUUGUAUAUGCUGGGUUGGGUUUCCGGGCCUUACUCAGUAAAAAAAAAAAUUGCAGAUUCAAUUACGUACGUACAUUUUAUAAAAUGGCAUAAUAUAGUGUACAAUAGUAUGUACUACAGGAUAUUGCCCAAUACAGUCUACGUUCAUCUCCCUGCAUGCAGUGUGUACUGUAAAUCAUUCCCAAGCCAUUUAUACUGUAAUACUUCAUGUAAAUGCCUUUCACAUUGUUAUACUGUUUUGCAUAAGGAGUCCUAAUAGCACGGCCAACAUCAUUAAAACCUAAUAUUUAAUGUACUUGUAUUCAAGACUGGCAAAUUAUUUUCACUUACAUAUAUUGAUAAUCAUUCAGUUCAUGCUUUUUUGAGCUCACAGUGGUAAUAGACGUACUGAACAUGUCGACACUAUUCCAUCGCGGUCCUCAAACAAAACAGCAUAACCACUGUUGUAUUUAUUUAACAAUUGCAUUGUUUUUUAGCAUUACGAGUAAUGCGGAGAUCUCUGAUACUGUACGUGGUGCAUACAGGAUGAUGUACAUUGAUUGUAUGAGUAUGCAAAUGUCAUAUUCAUUGCACACACAUAUAUAAAUGAUUACUUCUUAUUUAUUGUGUAAAUGAUUACUUCUUAUUUAUCAAGUACAUAUCUUUUGUCUUUGUGCUUGUUAAGGGAUGUGUGUAACCAAAAAACUUAGGUCAUUAUCAUCAGAUGGUCAUAAAAAGUCAGAAAAGAAGGAUAAUGAAGAAGGUUUAGAAAAUAAAAUAUUGAAACACAAUUCUUGUAUAAACACAGUUUUGCGUGGGAUAGGAUUAUGGCCUCGGAAAAUAUGCAAAGCCAUAUAUUUGUCCCUUAGUGAGAGCAGUUCAAGAAUGCAGUUCUUGUACUGUGUAGAUGAUGAUACCAUGAAUAUGUUUUAACAUUUUCAUCUUCUGUUUAUUUAGUUUAUUGUUUAGUUAUGUACAACUGAUAUUCAAGCUUGACUGCACAAGUUUACUUUUUAAGAAGUUUGACAAAUUUAUAUUUAAUUACCCAAAACUGGCAAAAUUUUUGUAAUCAGUUAUAUUCAAGUAUAUGCUUUUUUAUGUAUAUUUUGCAUGCAUUUCAUGUCAUUCUUCUUCACUGAGAAAAAUUUUAAAAUGUGGAAGGAACCAAAAGUAUUGUUUAAUGUCAGCUUCUCUUAAUUUUUGUUCAUAGUUUUAGUGAAUUGACCAGAAUAUACGAAAGCAUGAUGAAAGAAGAGCAGAGACCAGAAGCAGGGAAUAAUAUCACGGCAGUAAUAUACAAAGGAGGGGGGUCCACUAAUGCUGAAAAAAUUCACUAAUGCUAAAAAAUUCAAGCACACCUGAAUAAUUUUCAUGGCAUUCUAAAGCAUGCCAUAAAAAUAACGCAGAGGGUGAUGGACUAAGGCAGAGAAAAACUGUUAGAAGUAACAGUUACAGAUUCUUGCCAGAGAAAUGAACAACAGAACCAGUCUUAGCAUGCAAGAAAGAAGUGGUGAUAACUUUCACUUUUGGAUUAACAGAACACCAAGACUAGCAAUUUAGGUCAUUACAGAAAGCAGAGGAUGCCAGAAGUCACUAAGCUGGUGAUAUUGCUAUACCAUGUCACAGAAAUGAAGAAACCUGCAAAGGAAUGCACAGAUGGCCCUGGGAGCUAUUGUAAGAAGAGUGCAUGAUGUUAGCAUUAGAACCAGAGAGAGAUGGUCUGUGCCUAAGUUCAUGGUGACCAGUGAGGAUGCAAAGGUCCACGUGGAUGUUGUGGUCAAGUUGUAUUGGUGAAUUCAUUAUUAUGUAUUCACUGUCAUAUACAGUGUAUAAAGACACUCGGAAUUGCUGAAUGCUAAUGGAGUGUAAGAAUUUGGACAUAAGAAAUACUUUAAAAAUGGCAUAGAGAAAUCACAUUGUGGUGGAAGGUCAGGCCUGAGAAGAGGCAGAACAUUUCUAAUUACCUUUGGAACACACUAGAUUCUAAACAGGUACUGAAAGGACAGCAAGAAAGAGAAGCAACAACCUGGACAAGUGGCAAGAGACAACCAGUCUACUGAUAAAUAAGAGCACCCUAUUGGUAAAGAGCCAAUAGCUUUGGAGUUGACAUAAGGGCCUCUCAUAAUCUGUUUAGCAAAGCCAUGGAACCUUAGAAGGCACAGAAAAAUCAAGGAGAAGAGGCAGGGAACAUCUUGAUUAUGUGGGAAUUCAAGAUAGGAAGUGUUGAAGGCCAAAGAUAGUGGAAAAUGAGUUUUCAUUGUCCAACCUGUAAGAGCAUAAAAAAUAACUAUGAUAAUCCUGAAAGUAACCACAACCCAGAGGUUUUUUUAUAUCUUUUAAAGCAAUUUUUGGGACAAUUCACGAUUUCUUCAGUUUUCUGUCUACCAAGGAGAGGAAUUAAGACACUAAAUAUGUAACAAUGGUUUUAUUUUGAGCAACAAUACAGUAGUACAGCAAUUUUCACAUGCAUAGUUUAAUACAAAUACUUUUUGUAAUAAUUUUUGCCACUGGUGGUUUCCUAUCCAACUCUGUACUCUGUAUACUGAACUUUAUACUUAAUUUUGCAGUUUAGUUUGUUGUCCCUGAUGGUGAGCUACUAUCCUAUCAUGACUUACACCAUUGAAAGAGUAAGGAAUUCUGGGGAAUUCCAAGUCAUUUGUUGUUAUUUACAGUGUUUGAAAGCAUCUGGUACAAGUCUCCGCUAGCAAAAUUGAUUGUGGUGUUACUCUAAACUUAUUUAAUGUCCAUUUAGUUGACAGUGCUGCAUCUUUCAUGUUCCCUGUUUAGUUUCGUUCAUCUGAGCAGGUCAUCUUUUCAGUUGCUUGCUAUAUAAUUGUUUCAGUUAGACUGAUUGCCGUCACAGAAUGAUUCAGAGUUAUUUUGUUAUAUAUCCAUCAAGGCCUGAGAAGCGGCCACUGUACUCCUUGUUAGCGUUGUGUCUCUUUUGAUCAUGCUUUUGUAUGUAAGUGGUAUUGUACUACUGAUUGCACAAGUUACUUCCCUUUUUAUUCCUAAGCAAGGAUGAUCCACAUACAUACGUGUUGUGAUUUCCCAGUGGAAUGGUCCUGGAUCCCUGCUUUGUUUAAGUGAAAUUUACUUUGUUUCCAUUCUUAUCCACUUUAAGAAUAUCUCACUACCUUUAUUCUACACACUUCUGCUUUGGUUACUAAGUUACAGACAAGAACCUAAAUCAGUGGAUUGAUUGGAUUGUCUGAAGUCAGUUCCAUAAAGGAGGUAAAUGUGUCCUUAGCUUGUGUCCAUUUGUGGAGAUGUCAAGUCUCAAAAGAGAUGAUCUGCAGGAAAAGCUUCUCCACUGUUGCACCAGGUCUUUGCUGAGAUUUGAAUCUCAGAUUCUAUCCCAGGUGUGUCUGGGAUACCCUUCAAUUUUGGGAUCAGGUAACAACAGUCCCCACUGCUUGGGAUCAGUGUCCAUGUAUUUGCUAAAAAUUUUAUCCAAGCUUUUAUUCAAGUAUCAUUGAGAAUAGUAGUCUCAGCCCUUUUCGUGUCAACUGAUGUCAGGAUGUGUGUUUUUGCACAAUGCUGUGCAUCAUAUGUAUCUAUCACAGACCUGUUGUAGGUAACUGGAAUUGUAGAUAUUCAGAUGCUGAUGUUUGAAAGAACAAAUGUUUGGGUAUACCACUAAAACAGGCUAGUAUGUCCAAGUAUUAAGGCUGAUUACAUUGGAGAGAGAUGUCCAAGGCUCUAACAAGAAAUUUAGCUUCUUUGUUAAAUGUCAAAAUUCUAUAAUGGCAGUUCACUUAGCCUUGACAUUGGUCACUUAGAGGAGAGAUAUCUCUGUCGUGACAAGAGGCGAGAUGGGAUGUUCAAAAUCUCUUUCCAAGAUGAUCAAUUUCUAAGGGAGGAGAAAAAAAAAAAGGGAGUACCACUAUGAAAACCAGUUUGCAACCAUGACAGACAACAGAAAAAACAAUCCUCAGGUUUACAAACAACUUCUAUCGAGUGCCUUCAGUCCAAAAAGGAAGUGGUGAUCAUUCUGUCCUUUACCAGAAAGUAGAGGCAAUAACAUUUUGGUUUCAGAAGAAACCUCCACUGUGAUGGCUGCAUAGGAGAGACCAUCUCUAUUAGUGAUUAUCUGUGCAGAUAAUUCCAAGACAAGAUGGACUUUCAUUAAUCAUAACUAUGACAAGUUAGGUUAAAAGUCAAAAGACGUACAUUGUAGCCACAUAAAAUAUCCCGGAGCUUCUGAAAUCUUAAGACUUUGUGGGGGAAAAUCUACACAGAUUCUUGAUACAACUCAUUGGCCAGAGAAGAAAGGCCACUCAGUAGGUCAUCUUGCAGCAGAUUGUGCUUUUGUCUCCUCCUGCAAAAGUAGACCUGUUCACAGGACAAAACUAGAAGCUACCUCGACUUGCCUUUUCCCUAUAUCAAUGAUUGGUAGUGACAGUCCUGUCAUGAUUUCGAUAGUCCUCAAGUUUCUAGCGUGAAUCAGCAUAGAAAGCCAUCAUGGCAUUCCUGAAUGGGUUAUCUUCCAGCAGUUGUCAGGUGCAUAUAUGUCCCUUGCUGGUACACUCAGCUAACCCAAUAGGCAAAUGCUCCUACCAAACAGUGUCACAUGAUGUGGAUAUACUGCUUGCUUUGUAACAGUUAUCUCAUCUAAAAAGAAAAAAAAAAUUGCAGAUGUUUGACACAAAGAAAAAUGCCUUAAGUUGUGCCUCUCCUUUCCUCGUUAAUGGUAGAGGAUGCUUUUUCUUAGCCAUUGAUUCCAGAUUAAUUGCUGAAAACACGAGCCCUCGGCCCAGCCAGCAUCGGAACCGAGGACCUCUCAAUAGCUUCUCUAUUCUACACUCGAUAAAGGCUUUCCUGUCUUUUGUAGCUAAGGUUCUAUUCUCAUUGCAGUCUCAACAAUGAUUUGAUGUGACUGCCGAAUGAUCUUGGAGGGAUGGGUGUAGCGCCAGUUGCCGCAACCCGUCAAGUAUUACACAGAGAAGGUAAGCUCUUGCCUAAGAAGUGCCUAGGUGGAUUCCCGGGCUAUCAGCUCUGCCAUUAUUUUGGAUCUGUGGUAUGGUUCCCUUUUUGAGAACUUGGUCUCUUAAUUUUUUUAUUUCUUGUCUUUGCAUCAAAAUUCUUACCCGUUUGAAACUGCCAGAUGAAUUGUGCCAAAAAUAGCUGGGUAACUCAUGCUAUAGUAGCUUAAUGGCCGAGUCCAUGUUCUUCCAGUUGUUCUUGUAUUGUUUGAUCUACCUUUCCUUGUUUUCAAGAGUAAAAGCACAUUUUACAACAUUUUCUUGCUUUUUUUUUGUGAUAUGUAAGGUCUGUCGAAUGAAAUUUGUGCAAGCACUAACUCAGUUAGGUCAAGGAAAUCGUGAUGGAUGGAACUGCUAGAGAAAUGAUUGACUAUAGCAUUAGAUAUCAGUUCUCCCUUACUGAUUUAAGGUUCUGCUUUGUCAUAAACAUUUCUUCGCUAGAAUAUUUAAUUUUGAAUGUCUCUUGUAACAACUACAAAACGAGAGAACAAAGCUCCUUGGAAAUCAAAAGGAAAAUGAACAAGCGACUAAUAUUUCUAUAUACACCAAAAUUGUUCUUACUUGAAGGCAUUUUUGUACGUGAAUAAAUAAAAAGCAUAAUAGUACUUGAAAUGCAAUAGUCACCAACAACAUUUACCGAUCUCAUCUGUAAUUGAAGAUACAGGCAGUCCCCGGAUUACGAUGGGGGUUCUGUUCUUGAGACGCGUUGUAAGCCGGAACAUCGUAAAAAAUCCUAAGAAAACCUUACUUUUAAUGCUUUGGAUGCAUUGAAAACUAUGUAAACUGCAUUCUUAUUGCAUUUUUCAUCAAAAAACCUUCAAACAUUGAUUAUUUUGCAUUUUUGGGGUCAUAUUUCAUCUGCCAGAUGAGCGUUGUAGGCGUUGUAACCCUGGAAAUAAUGUAUGAUGAAUAUAAUCGAGAAGCGUAUUAACCUCGGAACGUCGUAACCCGAACCCGUCGUAACCCGGGGACUGCCUGUAUGCAACUUCAUCAUACAAAGACUGUGGAGUUUAAUUACCAUCACACUGCUUCAGCCUUGUGUUUACUGUUCAUCCCAUUUGCUCUUCUCUCAAUUAUUAUAACAUUUUCCACAUCAGAAUUUAAAUGAAUUUUUAUGAAACGGCUUUAAAUGAAUUCUGUAAGGGACUGCAUUCAGUUUUUCGUGACGAGACUACAUUCAAACAACUUAACGUAUCGGAAGUUAUAAUGGAGUCAUUGCUACGCAUGGAAUGGCCAAUCCGAAAAGAUUAGAGUGACCGGAGAUUUUAUAUUUUGAUAUAGCUACAUGAAGUGUGGUCGUUUUCACAAUGGGCUGGAAGCAGCAUUUUCAUCAGUGAUUGUACGUUACUAAAAACAUAAUUGUUGAUGCAUUUACAAAUCUUAGGUAUCUUCACAGUCGCCACUGGAAGACAUUUUUAUGAAUUGCGGAUGACUCGCGCUCAUUCGUACGACCUGAGAUCUAAGCAUCAUUGAAACUAAGGUUUGAAAAUGUUGAACAUUGUUGUUUCCUGUAUAUUUCACUCAGCUUGUUUCUGUACUAUUGUGUGUGCUAUUUGAGUGUCUCUGAGAGUGCAUGCUUGCUUGAAUGAGUGUAAGUUACCUGUGCAUGUGUACCUGAUACGCAUGCUGGUGUGAACGUGUCUUUGUAUACAACUCAAUGUGCGUUUUGUUGAAAAAAAUAACGAAGAUAAUGUUGAAUGCCACAGACCAUAUGAGCCUUCUCUGAAGAAGCGGUUCGCUGGUAAUAUUUCUAUUGUUUUGAUGGAUGUGUGAUUUUGUCAUUCACAUUAAAAUGUUAUUCUCUGUA